UCUGGAUGGAAACCUUCACGCAGUGAGCAAGAGCACAGGGGACAUCAAGUGGACCCUGAAGGAUGAUCCUAUUCUGCAGGUGCCGGUGUAUGUGUCAGAGUGAGUGUCCCGGCCACAGGCAGACCACCCUUUGCAGGGCAGGCACUGCAGGAACCUCUGGGAGCUGCACGACUGCCCUGAGGAACCAGCAGAUUCACAUCAAGAGAGGGGAACGGCAGAGAAGUGAACUUGCAAGCCCAUGCUGUAGUGUUGCCUUAAACCUACCCUCUGUGCUAGCACUUUGUGCGUGAGGAGGAGGAAUUGCUGCUCCCUUUCUACAGACAGCCCAGAAGGUCUCAGCAGCACCACGCACAAAAGCAUAGGAGAGAAGCUGAGGAAAAUGUAGCUGAAGGUGCAGGGGGAAGACAAGACAGCCGAGAGCUCCCUGGGAUGGGCAUGGCACUGAGCCAGCCAGGCUGGUAGGCACAAGGGUGGCUGCACAGUUAUGCUGCUGACCCAGAGCCAGAGCUCAUCUCCUCUCCAAUCCAGUGCUGGAGUUUUCCAGGAAAGACCAGCAUUCCUUCCAGACCCUAAUGAUGGCAGCCUGUAUAUCCUGGGAGGAAAAAAGAAAGAAGGCUUGAUGAAGCUGCCAUUCACCAUCCCGGAGCUGGUGCAGUCCUCGCCGUGCCGCAGCUCGGACGGUGUGCUCUACACUGGCAAGAAGCAGGACACCUGGUUCAUCGUGGACCCCAAGUCAGGCAAGAAGCAGACCACUCUCUCAACAGAGGCCUGGGAUGGUCUGUGCCCAUCAAGUCCCCUCCUCUACAUCGGCCGUACCCAGUACGUCAUCACCAUGUACGACACCAAGUCGCGGGAGCUGCGCUGGAAUGCCACCUUCUCUGACUACUCGGCGCCGCUCUGGGACGAGUCCUACGGCUACAAGAUGGCACACUUCGCCUCGAGUGGGGAUGGGCUGGUGGUGACACUGGACAAGGAGAGCGGAGAGGUCCUGUGGGCACAGAACUAUGGCUCGCCCGUGGUCGGCAUCUACGUGUGGCAUCAGGACAGCCUCCGCCGUGUCCCCCACCUCAACCUGGCCAUGGAGACCCUGCGCUACCUGACCUUCCAGUCACAGGACAUCCACCUCCUCAAGUGGAGCUACCAGGCCGUGAAGGACUUUGCCGCCACCAAGACUCAGCUGCUGCCAGCGCUUUACGUGGGGAAGCACUCAGCCAGCUUCUACGCCUUGACCUCCCUGGUCCACAGCAGCGUGGCUCUGGUGCCGCAGGGCAUCACGCUGGCCAGGAUCAACGGCCCCACCACGGACGACGUGACCAUGAGGGAGUCGGGGGAGUGCGAGAUCACGCCCAGCACCGACGUGAAGUACCCGCAGGGCAGCAUCACCUCGCCCCACAACCAGUGGCUCCUAAUAGGACACCACGAGCUGCCUCCUGUGGUGCACACCACGAUGCUGCGAGCCUUCCCAGAGAACCUGAGGAGGACCACAGAAACCAUCAUCCCCAGGGCCUCUCCUGCCAGGACGGUGUUCGAUGAUUUUCUGGCCCCGAGCAGCCGAGUGGAGCCGGCUGUCCGCAGUGAGGGGCAGUUCCAGCCCGACCCCACACCGAGGGAGCCAGUGGAGGUCUACCCGGAGGCUGGCACCUGGGAUCUGGUGAUGGCUGGUGUCGGCACAGCACUGCUGGGUGGGGGCGUCCUGUUCCUCCUGGUCACGAAACUGCAGAAGCAGCAUGCAGUGCAGCAGCAGCAUCUGGAGAAGCAGAUUCAGCUCCUACAGCAGCAGCAGGAGCAGCUGCUGCUCCCGGGACGGGUCUCCAGGGAGAGUGUCCCCGCAGAGCCUGAGGAGCCUGGGCUGAGCCAGGGAAGCGCAGGGCGGCUCUGGCAGAGCUCCAGCCCCCUGGCCGGCCCACAGGACCUGGGUAAUGCGGUGGGCAGCCCGGGCCUGGCUGUCCCGGCAGCUGCCGCAGAUGCAGAACCAGACACAAUUGUAGUUGGGAAAGUUUCUUUUAACCCCAAGGAUGUGCUGGGCCAUGGAGCUGGAGGAACCUUUGUCUUCAGGGGAUGGUUUGAGGGCCGUAAUGUGGCUGUGAAGCGCCUGCUGCCCGAGUGUUUCCAUCUCGUGGACCGUGAGGUGCAGCUGCUCCGGGAGUCAGACGAGCAUCCCCACGUUGUGCGCUACUUCUGCACCGAGAAGGACAAGCAGUUCCACUACAUUGCCAUCGAGCUCUGCUCUGCCACGCUGCAGGAGUAUGUGGAAAGCCCCAGCUUUGAUCGUCGCAGCCUGGACCCGGUAUCUGUGCUACGUCAGACAGUGUCCGGGCUGGCUCACCUCCACUCCCUCAGCAUUGUCCACCGUGACCUGAAGCCCUGUAACAUCCUCAUCUCUGUCCCAAAUCGCCACGGGCAGAUCCGAGCUGUCAUCUCCGACUUUGGCCUCUGCAAGAAGCUUCAGGGGGGACGACAGAGCUUCAGCCUCCGCUCUGGCAUCCCCGGCACUGAGGGCUGGAUUGCGCCUGAGGUGUUGCAGGAGGCCCCGAAGGAGAACCCCACGUGUGCCGUGGACAUCUUCUCAGCUGGCUGCAUCUUCUACUACGUUCUGUCAGGAGGGCAGCAUCCAUUUGGGGACAGCCUGCGGCGACAGGCCAACAUUUUGUCGGGCUCUUACCAGCUGAGCUGCCUGCAGGAAGAAGCUCACGACAAGCUUGUUGCAAGAGAGCUUAUUGCAGCAAUGAUCAGCCCCGACCCCCAGCAACGGCCCUCAGCCCCCAUGGUCCUCGCACACCCCUUCUUCUGGAGCCAGGAGAAGCAGCUGCAGUUCUUCCAGGACAUCAGUGACCGCAUCGAGAAGGAACCUGCUGAGGGGCCCAUCGUCUCAGGCCUGGAGGCAGGGGCACGGUUGGUGGUGAGGACCAACUGGAGGAUGCACAUCUCCCUCCCGCUGCAGAUGGACCUGAGGAAGUUCCGCACCUACAAGGGGGGCUCAGUGCGUGACCUCUUGCGGGCCAUGAGGAACAAGAAGCACCACUACCACGAGCUGCCGCCUGACGUCCGGGCAGCCCUGGGCUCCAUCCCUGAUGGCUUUGUGCAGUACUUCACCUCUCGCUUCCCCCGGCUGCUGCUGCACACGCACGGGGCCAUGCGGGUCUGUGCCCACGAGCGGCUCUUCCACUGCUACUACUGCCAGGGAGGCGAUGACAAGUGAGCAGGAAGAUGCUGGGACAGCACCGGCAGUGUGAGGCUGCUGACUCCCUGCCCAGCCUGUACCAGUGACUCUAUCUCACAGCAACUGGGAGCAGCCCCGGCUGCCCAGUAUCACAGGGGUACAAGCAGCAUGGGACAGAAGAGGUGAGAAUGGGACCCACUGGGCACUCCUCUAUUUGCCAACACAGUCAGACUCAAGACACCUGAAGGCAUUUCUGUCAGAGAAGAGAAGAAAAUGCCUUCAGUGGACAAUGUUUUGAGAAGAAAGAUGUUGCCUGUUCCUGAGGGCAGCUGGCAGAGCUGUGCCUCCACAGAGCAGUGUAACCACAGAGCCAUGCCCCUGCGGGCCAGGUCCCAGCAGUGUGUACACCAGGGAUCAGUGAGCUUCACCCUGUGCACCCUCCCAUGCUGCACACCUGGUAAAGCAGCUCUUUGAGCAUGUGUCUAAGAUUGCCAUAUCCAGGACUGACACACCAGUCUUGACACUGGAGAUGAUCCCUCAGCCCAGGGAGUCAGUUUACAGGAGCCAGAGCUCAGAGCCGCUGUUCACAGCAGGGCUGCUGAAGACAGGGCCUCAGCACCAUCCCAGAAUGAAGUUCUUAAUCUCAUUUUCUCCAGGUAUGGUCAGUGCCUGUAAUGAUGCCAGGCCAGAGCCUAUACCAGCCCUGAGCCCAGGAGCCCCCAAGCAGUUCACACAGCAGCCCAGCUGGUUUGAGGACACAAAGGCAUGGAAUGAUCCUUUCCAUCUGAGCACAGGCCUGUGCCUGCAGGCAGGCAGGCAGCCCAGGGAUGCUCUGGUCUACAGCAGCCCCCAGCACGAGUAUUUCAUCCCCUUUUCGCCCUCCACAGGCAGCACUUGCUGGGCCCUGGGCACUGCCGUGGCAACAAGAGCCUUGCAGCAGGGCUUCCUCUCUGAAAGAGUAAUAAUCUUGUACAAUCCGAUUCCUGGGUGCUGGGGUGUGGUUUUGUUACAUGGUCACAAAAGGGUUUGUUUUCAGAAUACUGUACUGCUUACAGCAUUUUAU